AGUAAUAAGAGAGGCACACACCAAUCAAUCGUAUCGGUCGUAUUCUUGAAUUUGCAAUGAAAAGAGGCGUAAUGCUUCCUAGCACGGGACAGAGAAUAGGACCACUUAGAUCAGAAUAACAUUCAACAUAGAAUAUACAAUCGAGUUAAAAAGGGAUUAUUUAAUUUACUUCAAUUUCUGAAUGAAUCCCUAUUUGCAUAACCGCUUAAACUUUAGUUUGGUUUAUUUGAUUGUUGUAUUAGUUCGGUCAAUUCGAUUAAGACAUUAUAUUACAUGGUUAAUAAAAUUCAUGCUUCAUUGAUAUGAUAAUUAUCAUGAUAUCCAUUUGAACAUCCUAGUUGGCUGAAAAAAAGUCACUUAUUAAUUUUCAAUUACAGAACAAAAAAGAGUUGUAUUCUGAUGUCGAGACUAAGGAGCGCCCCUUCCUCAUUUUAACCCCUUCCUCUUCUCACCCGCUCCUCAUCUCAGAAAUCCCUAAUCGACUAAGGAAGGAGCACCCCCUUCCUCAUUUACACUUUGUCUGCAUAUCCAUUCUUGUUUGUGGAAAGGCGAAGAGAAGAGAAAGGCGACGAGCAGAAAUUCUUUGCCAGUUUGAUUAAGGUAUUCCCUCCUUCAGUAUCAGCCGCUGUCUCCCCUCUCUUUCUCUUGUCGCUCAAGUGGAAAUAAGGAAUUGAGGUUUAGGUAUCCUCUUUCCCCUCUUUUAGUCUAAUUAAGCGGUAUCCAUCUUUUCGGCAGCUCUGCUUCUCCCUUCCCCGCUCCUUUUCAGUUUUCUUGUUUCUUGUUUCUUGUUGAAUGCUGGAUUGAAUGAUGGUAAUUAGACCUUUCUCGCCUACUUAAGUUCUGGUUGGGGAAUGUAUCUCCAUUUUUGUUUGUCCCAAAAGCACUGGGGGACGAAGUCUCUUGAGUGAAGGUUUGGAGGGACGAACCUCUAGGGCAACACGUGGUUUUCCUCUCAGCAGUAAAUGGCAGGAGAUAUGUUGUGGUUCAGCUUGUUGCUCAGGUGGGGGGGGAAAAUGGUGGUAAAGGUGGGAAAAAGGGGUAAAGGUGGAGGAAUCCCCAGAAACCGCAAAUGAGAUUUAAUAACCCUUCCAAGCACAAUUCUGUGUUUGUGUAUAUUGUUCCGGAGAAGGUCAUGUUCGGUGUCAUUUUGGGAAAUCAUGUCUUAGAGUCAAAUGCCUCAGCUAUCUUUCAGAAGUUUGAUGAUUACAAGUUCGAGAUUAACAACAGGUUUAAUUCUUUGGAAAGAGUUCGGAUUUUCUGGAGCCUGGAUGUUACUUUAUGGGUGUUAGAUACAUGUGUAGAUUGCAUAUAUUCUUUAGUUACUGAUUUGGAUGAAAUUACUUCAUUUGCUAAUGCCCUUCUUUAGUCUGAUUAACCAGCAUCCAUUGUUUCAGCAGCUCUGCUUCUCUCUUCCCCACUCCUUUUAGUGUUCUUGUUCAUUGUUGAAUGAUGGAUUGUUAUCAUGUUCUUGUACCUCUGUGGAUUGACUAUCAGCUUAGCUAGAGCCAUAAUUUCAUUCGAAGUGGAAAAUGAAACCACUUAACAGCCUUUCUUUUUAACCUUGGGACACUUUUCCGGCCUUUCAUUGAAUUUGCCUCUCACUUUCAGCAUCUAUGCUUCUCUCUUCCCCUAUCCUUUUCAGUUUUCUUGUUCCUUGUUGAAUGAUGGAUUGUGAUCUUGUUCUUGUAACUCUGUGGAUUGACGAUCAACUCAGAUCGAGCCAUACUUUUCUUCAAAGUGGAAAAUGAAACCACUUAACACCCCUUCUCAUAACCUGGGGACUCUUUUCCUGCCUUUGAUUGAAUCUGUCUUUCGGUUUCAGCAGCUCUGCUUCUCUCUUGCCAUAUCCUUUUCAGUUUUCUUGUUCCUUGUUGAAUGGUGGAUUGUGAUCUUGUGCUUGUACCUCUGUGGAUUGACUAUCAACAUAGAUCAUGCCAUACUUUUCUUCAAAGUGGAAAAUGUUACCACUUCACACCUCUUCUUUUAACCUUGAGAAUCUUUUCCUGACUUUUAUCGAAUCUGGCUUUUCAGGUACUGUAAAGAUCAGGAAAUGGUGGGUUCAAGGAAAAACAAAGGAAAAAAUGUGAUGAAGGAAUGCCUUCGGAUUUGCAUGGAGUUGAUGUCAAAACUGUAGAUUUGUCAUCCCUCAUCCCUUCGCCAAUUUACGAUCAAGGAGAACAAAAUCCUGUAUGCUGGGCAAUAGCAUUUGCUGGUGCUACCGAGGCAAUGGUUAAUCGAAACCGCCAUGAUGAUAAGUGGAUAGCAUCUCCACAAGAGCUUAUGGAUGACUUUCUCACUAAUGAAGAGAAGCAGCUCAACCAGUCCCUGCCUACAAGGGUAAGCGGGAUAUGGAUACAUAUUCAGAAGUGUGGGCUUUCUCAGACGAAGGAUUACCCUGUCGAACCAGGCUUGAGGCCAAUGUUGGAUAGGGAUAUGCGGCUACGUGAAAAAGUACCAGCAUCUAAAGUACCAGCAGCUCAAGUACCACGAAGAGAUCUCCUGCGGAUUGGAGAUUAUGAAGACAUUAGCGAUCAGUGGAUUGAUGAAAACAAGCUUCUGAAAACGUUGACGACACAACCAGUCGUGGCAGCAGUGAGGCCUUAGGCAGAGAAAAGGAUGGCACCCCCCAAAUACCUUCAUUAUGUGAUCCUGGUCGGAUUUGGAAGCAACGAGAAAGAUGGCACAGAGGAGCAUUUUUUCAAGUGCCGUAAUUCUCAAGGCACCGGUUGGGGGAAUGGAGGAUGUGGCAAAAUCGUUCGACAGGUAUCAUUUGACAAAAUUAAGAAAGGAAAGAAGGGAGGAAAGAAGAAGGGAAAAGAGGAGCCCCCCCUACCGAGUCUCAUUGUGUUCUACACCUACCCUACUCCUCUAGAGAAUGUCUAAGGCUAGAAGGAAAAGAAGAGAAACUUCCACCAGCCAAAGCGUAGUUUUAGCCAAGGACUUGAACUUUUGUAAAAAGCCUAGAGGGACAUACGACUUGAACUUUUGUAAAGGCUAGAGGGACAUACUAGUAUCAAGGUUUGAAACUUGAUUUACUAGCAGGAAUGUUAGCUUGGUUAUUAGCGUUUGUCAGGUCUGUUUACAACGAUCCGCUACUGCCAGUACUAGCAAUGUUAUUUUGGAACAAAACAAUACAUCCGUAGCGUAGCGUGGUUUGUCGUUUGGGAAAGAGUUGUUAAUCUAGUGUAUGGCCAAAGCACACGCCACUCUCAUGGUUGGAUAAACAUCAGGGCUGCAUAAUUGGUUGUUCUGCUGCAACUUGCUUUCUGAAUAUGCAUGGACUUAUAGGUGUUCUCUAAGAAUUCAACUGAAGCAAUUUUAGAUCCCAAAUUUGCGAUUCUUGCUCAUUUGUUUGUGGAAACUCCAUAUUCAGCUUGCUUUAGGCUCCCUUACCCAGCGGAGUUUGCUAGGAUUUGUAGAUCUCUCUUGCGUAUGCAACAGCCUUCUCAAUGUACAUGUGCUUCUCCAAUGUAAUAACCUGCUCCAUGUACCUCAAACGAGCUAGGAUUCUUUGGCUCAUUUGUCACUUAAAGGUUACAGACACUCAUAACACACUACUAAUUCUUCAGGGGUAGAGAGAGUAAGGUUAUACAACAGUUUUUACCACACAACAUCAUCACUCACAAGCAAUUGUCCAGUUCAAACACAUACACAGCUGCCAUACCUCCACAACCGUUUAAACAAACUACUACAGAGCAAAGAUUAAAGAUAACACUUAGCUAGCAGACCUCCACUUUUUCGGCAAAAUUAAGAUCAAUGCCAUGACAUACAUAUAUAGGCAUUGCAUCUCUAGUUCAGAGUUCAACAUCAGAUCGGAACAGAUGGAAUUCUUCAAAUAAACAACAUAACAAGCAGCGUGUGUGACCACAUUCUCAUCGUCACUCAACCUCCACUCCUUCGUCACCUUCGAACUUUCUUUUCCCACCUCGAUCUCCAACUUUAGCUUUUGCUUUCCAAAUUUCUAUGCAAAGAGCCGUUGGCUCGUGAGGAUCUAGCAAAUCUGCACAUAGGGGGGGAUGCGAAUUUAACCUUUGAUUGGAAAACAUUGUUUUUUUAAUGCCCAUCAAUGCAAAAUAUCACCAAAGAUAGCUUAUACUUCCAAGACAAAACAAGCAAAAGAGCACUUUCACCACAGACACGUACAUAAAAGGGUGAACAGUUUCUAUGAACAAAUAAGCUGAUGACGAUAAAAGCACUACAUACAGAAAUACAACCAGAGUCCAUCCACUAACAGGACUAAAGCAGGUAUGUAAAC